AUAUCCUAAAAAGGAGCGAAGGAGAGGAAGACGUGAUCGGGCGGUGAAAGAAUCAUCAAUCACACACUUUCCCCCAGUGAUCUGUUCAGCCGAAUACGGUGGAUCUUCGCCGGAGCGUAUCCCGGGGAAAUCGGUUUCAUAUGGAGAGGGCCGAUGAAGGAGCAGGCGAGCCUUCUGGAGCCGCCAUAAGAUCGAGGCUCAGUAACAGAGCGGAUCCUUUCCUUGUUGUUUGCAGGUGUUUCAGCUUCGUUACCUCUCUUAUCGCCAUCCUCUGCGUCGUCGUCAAUGUUCUCGCCGCUAUUCGCUCUUUCAGAGAUAGCCACGAUCUGUUCGAUGGAAUAUUCCGGUGCUACGCUGUGGUGAUUGCUUGUUUCGUGGUUCUCGCCGAGACUGAAUGGGGUUUCAUCCUCAAAUUUUCCAAGGUUCUUGAGUACUGGGCUGGGAGAGGAAUGCUUCAGAUUUUUGUUGCUGUGAUGACAAGAGCUUUCCCUGACUAUCUGGCUCAGAAGAAGGAUCUCCUUCUUCUACAGAAUAUCGCUAGCUACAUGCUCCUUUCUUGCGGUCUUACCUAUUUCAUCUCUGGAGUUCUGUGCAUUGGCUUUCUGAAGCGUGCUCGACAGCAGAAGGAAAUUUCAAGAGAACAAGCCGUCAAGGAUCUUGAGGAGAUAGACCGACGCAGGGAAGAGCUGGAACAAUUGCUCCUGAAGCAUCGCAGUAGAGACGACGUGUGAUUAACAAGUACCAGCUUCAGCUUCAUUCAAAGGACGAGAUCUGUUUCUUGUUUCUUUCUUUUUUUUUUUUUCUUUUUGUAGUAAAGGAUUGUGUGAGCUCUCUCUCUGUUUCUGCAUCCCUCCCACUUUGAUAAAAUCUGUUUCUUUUUUUCUGUCUGUUGAAAAACGAACCUUUGAUACUUAACAUGUAAGAGACGAGCAGUAUUGAAUAUGAAUUUUGACGUAGAUUAUUACUUUGCUUUAUA